AUGAGAGUUAAUUUGGCAUUAUGUUUAUUUAUAAAGUCUCCCAUAGUUUAUCACCCUAAUUUAUUUCCUUCCAGAUUACAAAUAAGAAACAAAUACACAAUGGAAACUAAAAAUGAAAAUAUAGCCGGAAUUGGCCUUAAAUUUGUGGACAUUGGGGCCAAUUUAACCGAUAAAACAUACCAAGGUUAUUAUUAUGGCUCACAAAAGCAUAAGCCAGAUUUAGACAAGGUAUUUGAAAGAGCAAAAAAAGUAGGAAUGGAAAAGAUUAUUAUAACUGCUGGUAAUUUGGAUGAAGUGAAUGAAGCACUAAAAAUAUGCAACACAUUUGAUAAGGAAUGCCAAUUUUUGUAUACCACUGUAGGAGUUCAUCCUACAAUGUGUAAAGCCUUUUUAAGUAAUAAGUAUUCGAAAACAGAUACCGAAUACUUAAACACAUUAGAUGAAUUAAUUGCACAAAACAGACAAAGAGUAGUAGCAAUAGGAGAGUUAGGCUUGGACUACGACAGACUUAAGUUUUGCGACAAAGAAACGCAAAAAAAGUACUUUGAACUGCAACUGGAAUUGGUUGAAAAACAUAAGAUUCCCAUGUUUUUACACCUAAGGAACGCAACGAGUGACUUUUUAGAAAUAAUGAUGAGAAAUAAACAUAAAUGGGUGGAAGCAGGAGGUGUAGUCCAUAGCUACACAGGAGAUGCGGAGACGAUGGAAGAACUGGUAAAGGAAAAUUUUUAUAUUGGAGUUAACGGGUGUUCGUUAAAAACUGAUGAUAACCUAAACACAGUGAAAAAAAUACCACUUGACAAAUUAUUACUUGAAACAGACUGCCCAUGGUGUGGAAUAAGGAAUUCGCACUCAAGCAGCAAAUACGUCAAAACGAAGUUCAAUUCCGUUAAUAAGCCUAAUGCAAUGACAGCAGAAACAACACUAUCGUCGAGAAAUGAACCAUGUUUUAUUUUGUAA